AAACCCAACACAUUUCUUCACCCAGCUAAGACAAACCCAGCAACAAUGGCCAAGAAGCUCCUCGCCGCGGCCGCCGCCCUCCUCCUCCUCCUCGCCGCCGCCGCGCAGGCGCUCGCGUCGUCGUCGUCGUCGCCGGGGAGCGCAAACCUCACGGCGACGCCGACGGCGUACGAGAUGGUGGAGCGGUACGGCUUCCCGCGCGGCAUCCUCCCGGAGGGCGUGGAGUCGUACGUGCUCCGCCCCGACGGCUCCUUCGAGGUGCGCCUCUCCGGCGACGGCAACGGCGGCGGAGACUGCGAGUUCCGCGUGGGCGACGGCGGCGCGUACCUGCUCCGGUACGGGCGGCGCGUGGCCGGGGUGGCGAUGGAAGGCUCGAUCCGGUCGCUGGAGGGGGUGAGCGUGAAGGUGCUGUUCGCGUGGCUCGGCAUCGGCCGCGUCGACCGCGCCGGCGACGACCUCCGGUUCUUCGUCGGCCCUCUCUCCGCCGCCUUCCCGCUCGCCAACUUCGCCGACUGCCCGCGCUGCCGCUGCGGCUUCGACUGCGACACCGCCGCCGCCGCCGACGUGAUCGCCGCUUCUUGAUCGAACGUGUUCUUGGCGUUCCUCGACGUGUGCUCAGCUGAUGCAAGCUCGAAUGCUUCAUGCCACUGAGAAUCUGUACAAAUUAUGUGCUCUUUGAUCCAUUAAUAAUACAGAUUGGGGAAUGGAUUUGAUCGAUCAUGGA